ACCUUGGGAUUUCACUUGGUGUGAAACUGGAGCUGAAAUUCCCAGUCGGGCUCAGCGUGGCCUAGAGAUCUCGCUCCCAUCUGAGGUGCAGAGUCAGGAAAGUGCAGAGGCUCUCCUCCUGUUGGGUCAGUUCUCCUCCUAAAACCAUUGUUAGAUGUUUUCCAGGGAAGAAUGGCGCAGUAAUGACCAAAGAAUGGGGCAGUACGAAGGGAUUAGCUUUGAGAAGCGGGACCCGAUGCGCUGUCGCUUCGGCUUUGCAGUGCAGCCUCUCCCGUGUCUUCCUUCCUUUCUGGUAUCCUCUCCAGGCGCAAGUGGCUGCUACAGAAGGGGUUUGAGCCCAGGUUCCCCGUGAGAAGCGAGCAGGGCUUGGAGGCUCCUUCGCUCUUCCUGCGCUCCCCAUUUGGACUGAGGGGCUCUACAAAAGAGCAGCUUUCCCCAGCAGAUCCGCAAAUGAUUAACUCGGAAGGAACCGCUCAGCCCUUAUAAAAAUCCAUGUUGAGGGGGUGGGUGGAAUUUCAGCCUGAAAAUGCCCGCAAGGAAAGGGAGCGGCUCAGGGGACUGCCUGGCAGGCGGGGUGCGAAAAGCGGGGGGAUUUUAUACCUUCGGGAUCAUUCAAAUGUCUCGCAUUGAAGGGGACUACAGACGUUUGAAACCAGAGUUAGGCUCUGGGGAGUUGCUGACCCAGCUCGGGCUCUGCAGGGUUUGUCUGGGGGACGCGCAUUGCUUUGAAAAUAGAGGGUGUGAGUGUGAAUGGAGAACUGCCGGUUACCAGAAUUGCCCUUUAAACAGCGUGUUUUCCACAGCCACCAGAACGGGUUUGUGUUGCGCCCUUCUGUAGCUCGCGUUACACCCCGGCCGGUGUGCCUUAUUCGGCCCCUUUGUAAAUGCAGACCUGCCCUGUAAGAGUUGCGGACCUAGACUGACCGGCGUCAUUUUCCCACAGAACCCCUUCUCCUACAUAGUAAGGCUCUGCGAACCGCCCAGAGCCUCUUUGCUCCUGGGUCACAGGGGCAAUACAUGGAGUGAGCUGGACCUCCAGCAAACAGGAUUAAUCAGGCCUGGAGCAAAGGAAAGCGGAGACAAUUCUCCAGAGGGGCCUCUAGAUUGCAGGGAAGGGAGCGCCACUGAACCUUGGCAUCUAAACAAACAACAGGUGUCUCCUGUAUGCUGCCGCGCCAAAGGAUGCAACUGGAGCUGUGUUAGCAAGCGGAGAUGGGGUGCAGGGCUACUUCGAGAAAAGGCUGCAUCAAGCUCCCAGAGACCAGAGCCUUGGGAAGUACAUGUGCUGUGCAUACGUUAUAUAAAGAUGCUGUUCUGACCUAAGGAGGGAGAGUUUUCGUUUGGACCAGCAGGGUAAGAAUAACUAGAACCCAGAGACAUGUGUUCCCAUUGACGCCAAUAGGACAACUCCGAUUGACUUCCGAUGGGAGCAGGAGCCGACCCCGCAUUGAGCCAGCAAGGCUUUCCAGAGGAGACAGUUCCGGGAAAGCCCAAGCUUUCCUGCUGCGCAGCGAUUUGCUUUGCGGUAAUACCGCUCAUGAGAAGGACUUAGCGGAGAAACUGGCUCGGAUCCGAGGCACUGGCCCGUUAUUAGCCCGAUCCCAUACUUCUCACGCAGGCAAAACUCUCAAUGACAUCAGGGAGAGCUUUGCCUACGUGCGGAAUAUGGCAAGAGAGUGUGUCAUACUCGGCCCGCCGUUAAAAUGCCUGCAGCCGCUUUUAGUGCGGGAACGUGUUGGUUCGGAUUUAGAGCGUUACCCUGCGCUGUGUUUGCUGCACAAGGCAUUAGGCUCCCUGCUCUUAAUGGUCCUUUCAUGGGAGUGUAGCUGCACUGUAAUGACUUGCUGAGCCGUGAGUCAUAGAGGAAGCUACAGGUAAUGUUAGCUGCGAGCCCGGAACCCAAGCGGCUGUCUACCUGCUGUUCACUGGGAACCCUUUCCCCGGCUCGUGCCAACACACACAGGGAUCCGGCCCUUAGCGUUCCAUUAGCAGAACUCCCAUGUGUCUGCAGCUUCCUCCCCGGGUGUGUUCGUGCCCUGCUCGGGCUGGGCGGGAGCGGGGCUGGCCGGCGCUCCUUGGGGUGGGGAAACCAAGUGUGCAAGCCUCAAGCAUCUGUUUGCCAGCGCUGCUUUCUAGUGUAAAACACCUUCCGCCUACACAUGGGGGGCCUGGAUUAACUGCAAACGAGCAAAGGGCGGGUGUGGGGGACGGGACUCAGGGAGAGCCCUGGAGAGGAAAGGAGAGCUGGAGAGCAGCGUUCCCUUUGAAACACUAUUAAAAUAACGGAUCACUUCACGUCGAUCGGGCUGAGACUUUUGUCCCAUCUUGAGUAGCAUCAAAAUCAACGAAUGGCAUGGAGCAUGGGGGGUUCAGUGGAGUCAGCGGUGGAGAAGAGGCUCUGGGGGAAACGCGAGGGGCUCCCAGGCUGCUGUGCUCUGCCCCGCUGGACUCCGAGGGGCAUGCAGGCUUGCUGUGGUGAGGAUGAGAAUGUGAGUGACACUGUGGAUUGGCUGUCAUUGGUUACCUGGUUCCCAGCCCUCCAGCUGCAGGGAUCUGUCACAGCAGCUCUCCCCCCCCUCUUCUGCUCCCCACACUCUUUCAAUCAAUACCCUCACUUCUCACGGGCUCCAAUCAUUGCACUUUGUCACGCUCUUUAAGUACACAGCAAAGACGUCAUCUCUGAACGUGGAUCGGAUAGUAGGCACCCAAUAUCUAUAUAAAACUGCUCAAGGCAGAGAAUAGUUAAAAGGGGACAGAGACGGCGAGAGGAAGGGGGCAGAGGAACUGGGCUGCAGACUUUUCCUGCGGACCAUUCGCCUUUAUGAUCGCCACCAAAGUUAUGGGAAGCCGUGAGUACCCAGCUUCUCUCUCUUUCGCCCCGCAGGGUCUUUGACAGAUGUAGCCUUGCUGGUGCCGCUGCGGCAGAGGCGCAGCUUUCCCUUGGGGGAUAAAGUUAGAAAGGCAUCAGGAUGCUGGCUGCAGCACCUGGAAGUGCUGGCUGCUCCAAGCUAGGGGAGUCGCCAGCAACCGCCUAGUAAGCCAGGAAGUUUCUCCAGCGGAACCCAGGGUGGCUGCGCUCAGCCUCCUGAAGCUCUGAUUUCUAGCAAACCUGGGACUCGUGGGGGAGGAAGUGAGACGCACACCUUAGUUUAGAGGAGACUCCCUUGCUAUAUAGUGUCUUUGUUGGAUUAGCGGAUCCGCCUUUGCUAGGAGAAAAUGAAAUAUCAUCCCGCAAACGUUAGUGUGUUGAAGUGCGGUUCGUUUUGCGGGCAGAGCAGUUUUUCACCCCGGGCAGUAAAUCUAUCGCACCCCAGCUGCUGAUUUUUUUACUCUGAAUAACUCCUCUCUGCCAAGUGGCCGCUUUCACCUUCCACUCACCCGCUCUAGGGCACUUAGCCCAGGCGGCAUCCGAGAGGGGCAGGGACAGAGCGUGGGCACCUUUCUCCAACCCCUGAACAGCUCCCAAGCCACGCGCGCUGUAGAGGGGCUUUUCCAGACGAUGUGAAAUCGAGGGCUUGCCUGUCUUGUUCCUUCCCUCCCGACAGCCUAGUCCCCCGCUCCCCCAGCCCGCUGCAGAGGUGACAAGCGACAAAGGGCAUCCGGCUGCAGCAGCCGCGGCUGGGAGCCGAAGAUGUUGCUGGCGGGGAUCAGCAUGUUGUCCUGGCUCGAAGCUGCGCUCACUGCCUUGCUGGCCCUGGGGCUCCUCCUCACCCUGUCCCGGCACUUGUGGACUCUCAGGUGGACUCUGAGCAGGGACCGGGGCAGCGCUCUGCCCCUCCCCAAAGGCUCCAUGGGGUGGCCGUUCUUCGGGGAGACCCUGCACUGGCUUGUCCAGGGCUCUAGCUUCCACAGCUCCCGCCGGGAGAAGUACGGCCACGUGUUCAAGACCCACCUGCUGGGCAAGCCUGUCAUCCGAGUGACUGGGGCCGAGAACAUCCGCAAGAUCCUGCUGGGGGAGCACAGCCUGGUCAGCACCCAGUGGCCCCAGAGCACCCAGAUCAUCCUGGGCUCCAACACCCUGCUCAACUCCAUCGGCGAGCUGCACCGCCAGCGGAGGAAGAUCCUGGCUAGAGUCUUCAGCCGUGCUGCCCUGGAGAGCUAUCUCCCUGGGAUCCAGAAGGUCGUGAGCUGGGAGCUGCGGGGCUGGUGCAGGGAGCCUGGCUCCGUAGCGGUUUAUUCCUCCGCUAAAACUCUGACUUUCCGCGUUGCAGCUCGGGUUCUGCUGGGCCUCAGCCUGGAAGAAAAGCAGUUUAAGGACCUGGCCAAAACCUUUGAGCAACUGGUGGAGAACCUGUUCUCCUUGCCCCUGAACAUCCCUUUCAGUGGGCUGCGCAAGGGGAUCAAAGCCCGGGAUAUGUUACAUGAGUACAUGGAGAAAGCCAUAAUGGAAAAACUACAAAGAAAGAACUCAGAAGGUCAUAGUGAUGCUCUGGAUUUCUUAAUAAACAGUGCCAAGGAGCAUGGCAAAGAAUUCACCAUGCAAGAGCUGAAGGAGUCAGCGAUUGAGCUGAUAUUUGCUGCUUUCUUCACCACUGCUAGUGCCAGCACUUCUCUGAUUCUUCUGCUACUGAAACACCCCUCGGCGGUAGAAAAAAUAAGACAGGAACUGGUGUCCCAUGAAUUGCAUAGGCAGUGCCAUUGCCUUUCGCCUGCAGUCUCCCAAAAGAACCACCCAUAUAUUGAACCCUGCCAAGAUACACCGAUGGUCCAGGAGAAAGAAGGGAAGGACAGUGACUCUCAACAGCGUCUCCUCUCCACGCCAGAAGGGACGCCGAAGAAUCAAAGUCAGCAACUUGAUCUCAAGGCAGAAGGAGAGGCUGGGGGUGGUUUUAUCCGGCGGCCUCCUCUCCUUAAGGAGCUCACGUUAACCAGAAUGACACAAGAAACAAUUAGUUUGAAUACAAACGAUCAUUAUUCAAACCACAGGCAAGAGGAAGCCGGCCAGCCGCCCAGCAGGUUCGAGGUGCCCACAGGGCCAGUGAUUCCAGAGGCAGAGUGUCAUUGUCAGCCUGAGAUGAACUUGGAUAAACUGAGCCGUCUGCGCUACUUGGACUGUGUGAUUAAGGAGGUCCUUCGCGUGCUGCCGCCCGUUUCUGGAGGCUACAGGACUGCCCUGCAGACCUUUGAGCUGGAUGGCUACCAGAUCCCCAAGGGCUGGAGCGUGAUGUACAGCAUCCGAGACACCCACGAGACCGCGGCCGUGUACCAGAGCCCCCCCGAGAGCUUCGACCCGGACCGGUUCGGCUCGGCCCGGCAGGAGGACGGCAAGGGGGCAGGACGCUUCCAUUACAUCCCCUUCGGCGGGGGGGUCAGGAGCUGCAUCGGCCAGGAGCUGGCCAAGGCCAUCCUCAAGCUGCUGGCCAUCGAGCUGGUCAGCACGGCCCGCUGGGAGCUGGCCACCCCCAGCUUCCCCGAGAUGCAGACGGUGCCCAUCGUGCAUCCCGUGGACGGGCUGCAGCUCUUCUUCCACCCCCUGCAGCCCGGCGGCUCCAGCACCCGCCGCCAGGUGUCCCGGGAGGCUUGAGCCUUCGCCGCGGCCUCUGGCGCUGGGGCGGGCUGCGGGCAGGGCGAGAGCGGACGCCGCCCGCAGCAGAUCUCAGAAGGGCCGGCCGUGGGGGAUAAGCACCAGGAUUUGUACCGACCGGACACAGAAAGCUGGACACGAGCCCCUGGCCCCGUUUCCUUUUCGCAGUGCCCUGCAGCGGGGCUGGGAUCCGGCUUCUGAGAGGGGGCCUAGCCCAUCCAUCCCCUCCUUCUCGGUGCCCUGCUGCUGCCCACCACGGCAACAGGAGAGGGGCUCCGGAUGAAGCAGCAAAUCCGGUGAGAUCUCCUUUUCGUCCGCUUGCACAUUAGAAAGGCUUGGUUUGUGCCAUCCUCACUGAACCCGGGGUGGGGAAAACCAGGGCCCCGAUGCACUCCGAGGGGUCCAAACCACCGAGAAAGAGUGCAAGAUCCAAGUAUGCAGUUUCCUUAAACUUCAAAGUGUUGGCAGACCUAGAGGUGUUGUCUGGGGGGAAGAAACCAACGGUUCUAGAUUUUAAAACAGACUCUCCGGGGAUUUAGAUUCACCUGCUACCUCUCACCUGACUCUUGAAAGUUUAGGGGAACGCCCUAUCCACUGAACAGCCUUCCAAGCCACACUGUUGUCCUGAUCAGCCCUCCUGCCCCCUUCCUUCUGAUCGCAUAGAGAAUAAUGCAGAAAGGAGAGAAAAAUAACUGUCUCUAGCACAUUUUCAUUACAGCGCCUGGCUAGAGAUGGCCUGGAAUUUCCUGUUCCACAUGCAGAAGAGUUAUGCCGUAUGGGAUACAUGUAUUUGUAAGGGGGGAGUGGGGUUUUUCACGUUGUGCCAUAGCCUUUUAGAUUUUUCCAUGGAUAUUUAAAAAGAGAAAAAUCUAAGGGGUCGCUGCAAUCUGACAGGUCCAAACCUGUCAGAUACAUCCCAAUUAUCUGUAACUUUCUGAUAACUCUCUAACUUCCCAUAGAUUAAUGUAAAGAGUUUGUUUGUAUUUCAUCUCACUCCGACACUUUCCAUGAGCGUCCAGAUGAUAAAGAUGCAUUCUGAUAGUACUGUAUAUUAAUAUUGUACAUUAACACUGUAUCAUAGUAAGGACUGUGCUGCUGUUAUUAAGGAUCCAUCAUUAAAUCCCAUUUUCAAAGUAAAUGUGCCCUAGAGUUUAGUUGCAGGUUGAAACCUGCAUGAGAGAAUCAGAUUUCAACAGGGAAGUGAUCUUUUUAAAAUAAACAUUUAAAGAGCCAAGACAUUUAACUAUUUGAUUCUGAAAAGUUCCUGAUUUUAAAGACUGAAAACCAUUUCUUGUGCAUACAGUCUGGUCUCUCUUCCAGAAUAAUGAUUUCAAUAUUUAUAGUGAUAGUCACAUUACAGUAACUAUCAGAGCAGCACUGAGCAACAAGACCACUUGUCAUGCAGCAUAUGGUGUACAAUGACUUAAAUAUGGAUUCAUGUGGAGUUAAGGUUGGGUGCUGACUGACCUGUUAGAGGGUCUCUGAAUACUGUCUGCACUGCCAUUUCCUGCUCUUCAAUUCCAGUAUUUUUCUUUUUCCCCUUGUAAAAGAAUUUCUCACAGCUAUUUUGUAAUGGUAAAAUGAAAGGUCUGUGAUGCCAUGAAUGGAAAUGGCAGUUACAUUGGAGCGUUGAGAGUAGAGUUUAGGGUAAUACUAAGUAUUAUUUGUGUAGAUUAGUGAAUACAUUAUUUCAUUUUCACUUAGGGCAUGAUGGCAGCCCACUGGUGUCAAUGGAAAGCCUUCCCUGGGCUUUGGCUAAGGUACAGCGUACAUACUGUCUUUCUAAAAGGUGGGGGAAGCAAGGAAAUGGAAACAUCUGAUAAUUACUUUUCAUACAUGCUGAUGAAAAAUAUGGCUACUCCUGCUCUAGGUCAAGCUCUUGUGUAAUAUUAAAAUGUAUCAGAUCGCUGAGAGGUCGAACAGAACACCUACAUCCCCAAACCUGUUAUCCGUAGGAUGAAGUUGCCCUUUGUGAAGGCUGACACAUUGGUUCCUAGGAUAAUUUCUCCCACAACACUUCUGCCCUAAAUAAACUUUCUUGUCCUUCUGCAAUCUCCCAAAAUGAGGAAAGUCAAAAUAUUUGAGCCCCCUUGCCUUAAAUGGUAACCCACUGCCUGAAAACCAACCGGAAUGAUUUAUUAUUCUGUUAGCCGGAGUGUUAGCAGCCACCGCCCAGCUAACUUACCUGGAUCAGUAUUCCUAAUUAAACAUCAGAAAGUCGGGUAGCAUAAUUUCACUCCAUGCAGCAUCUCAGCUACCUAGAGCAGAAACAUGGCUACCAAAUGUGACAGGUCAAAUCUGGAAAAGGUUGUACUGAAAGUCGGAGUUAAGUGUUGUUGGCAGGUUGACCCUUUAGUGAACCAGAAGCCUCUGCCCUCCUGACCUUGUCUUUAAGGUGAAUCUUUGUGGUGAACGGAGGGGAAAUCAGUAGGCGGUGGAUACAAGUGUCAAUGACUAACUUUAAUUAGCACAACCACUGAACUGAUCUAUCCAAACGCUAGUGACGCUAUUGUGAUCCUCUUAAAGAAAAGUAGGCGAACCUUUGAUCCACCUCCAGUUCCGUUUUAUUUCGGUGGGACCUGGCCGCUCACCUAGGCAAUAAUCGGCUGGGGAGCCGACUGGCAAAUGCAGCUCUGGAGCCUCCUCCCGCAGCUUGGAUGAGAAGCAAUCGUCGAUUCUUCAGGACAAGCUCAAAAAUUACCCUGAACACUAACACUGUAACCGCGUUGUUGAAUAACGUAAUGUGAAUCUAGUAAAAAAAAAACAAGACUUGAAACUGAUGUUGUUUUUCUAAUAAACAUGAGCAUUUGCAAGUGAAGCAUUUACUACUUGUAAUCAAAGUUUGUUCCUAUCAGGCUGUUAAUUUCUUGACCCCCUUCCAAGAUGUCUUUAAUUAUCCCUUUCACUCUUUACCAUUUGAUUCUGUUCGGACUGACGACUGUAGAAUAGAUGGCUGUGGCGAUAAUAAAGGUUUCCUGUGGUAAUUAUCGGUGCUCAGGCCACCGUAUCUCGUUAUUUGAUGGACAGUGAACUUGGCGAAGUUGCUGGCAAGAGUUCAUUCAG